AUGCAUUCGAUAUCGCUUAGUUUCAUUCUUUCUUUGGCAUUCCAUUGGCUCUCUGCCGUCGAGUGCAGUCCCCUCGGAACUGUUGUCUCUCGAGGGGAUUGCCGAGUCCUUACCGAAGUGACCUAUUGGGGCAUCGCAUGCCAGAAGCAAAGACCUGUGUCGUGCCAAGCCGGCCAAUCUUACGGGGGUGUUGUCAGCUUCAACGAGAAAACGACAUUCCCCGCAGACUCAGUACCGAUUUGCGAGCAAACGCUGGAGUACAAAUGUUGCACUAGGUAG